UACUUAUUCCCUUCUCAGGAAACCCGGCCUCAUUUGCCCUCUGCCUUCUUCUCUCUCUGUGUGUGUCCACUUCUCUUUGCCUUUCUCUAUCUCCCUCUUUUUCUCCUGGCCAGGAUGUCCUCCUCUUCUUCCUUGGAGGGUCGGGUGGCUGUGGUCCUGGGUGGUGCCGGCGUCGUGGGGUCCGGCAUCGUCAAGGCGCUCCUGGAGAAAGGCUUCCAGGUGGCGGUCAUUUCUCGGGAUGAGAGCCGGCUGGAGAAACUGAAGCAGUUUUUGUCCCCUUCCGCCUGUGACCGUCUGCACACGUUCGUCGGGGAUGUGGGUUCGGAGGAAGGGGCCGAAUUGGCCAAGGGGACCCUGCUGAAGUCGGUGGGCCAAGUGACGGACGUGGUCUCCUCCUUGGGCUUCAGCUGGUGGCAAGGCGGACCCCCGCUCUCCCAGACACUCCAGGAGCUCCGCCGGGUCUUGGACACGCUGCUCCUCAGCACCUUCACAGCCUGGAAGGCCUUCUUUCCUCUCGUCAAGGACAACCCUGAAGGCUCCUACACCUUCAUUACAGGUGGAGCAGGGGAGCGCCUCCUGAUGCCUGGCACAGGCUUCUUGACCCUUGGAGCAGCUGGAGCCCUGGCCUUUUCCCUCAUGGUGCGGGAGGAGUACCCAGACGUCCCCUGCAAGCUCAAUGAGGUGAAGAUCAACAUGGGGGUGACCACUCCGGAGCGGCUGGGCCCUGGCUACGUCAGCCACCUGGAGGUGGGCCAAGCGGUGGCCUCCUUGGUGGAGAAGAGGGCCGUCUCACAUAGGGUCCUGAGCGCCGCUUCGCCUGCUGACCUGAAGGCCCUAGCUUCCGAGGGGAAGAUCUGAAGAUCCCUUGGAAGGCCCUGUCCUCAGCUCUGACCUUCCUUGUGCCGAACCCCUCAUUCCGCUGGGUCCUGUAGGCUCCCAAGAUGGGCAGGAAAGAGAGCAACGGGUGGCCUUUGCUUCUCAGAUCCCUAGCCAAGGACAAACCAUUCCAAGCACUGAUGGGUCACUGCAUUUGCAAUGUGGGUCCGAUGCUAGAAAUCAACCAAGGGUCUAGAUCUUGGAGUCACCCCUAAUUCGGAUGAUCUUAAGCCACUUACUUGGUGUUUCCCCAAAGCAUGACCUGGGGGAAAUUGAGCAUAUGGUGCAGUGAUGCAUUUAGAUCAGGCAUGGGCAAACUUCAGCCUUCCCUCCGGGUGUUUUGGACUUCAACUUCCACCAUUCCUAACAGCCUCAGGCCCUUUCCUUUUCCCCCUCAGCCACUUAACGAAAUUUGUCCAUAC